UCAGAGCUGCGGCUGGAGCUGAGCGCGCCGCGUCGCCCGCUGCCGCCGGUGCGGAGCGUGGGGAGCACUCGGCCGCAACCCUCGCCCGCUGCGGAGGGUCGCGCCCGCGCCACCGGCCAGGCUGCCCUGUGCCGGGGCCUUUCCGUCCUUGGAGCGGAUCGUUGCCCGCCGGGCGCCCGCCCGCAGUGACAGCGCCCGCCGGAGCCGAGGCCGCGAUAGCGGCCGUGCCCAUGACCGGGUACCCGCAGGGCAGCAGAGACACCCUGAUCUGGCGCCCAGCUGGCCCUGUCCAUGGCUUGGCUCGCUCCCUGGACCCCUGCGCAGCACCGGGCCUGAAACCGUGAGCUCUGAGCAGCAGAGGCCGAGCCAGAAGACCGCCUAGCCACCCAGGAUUUAUAGCAUGCCGGCCUCACAGGGCGAGUCUUAAUCAGGCAAGAGCCUGAGGUGUCUGCACUUGGCCAUUUUCCUGCAGCCACCACCUCUGCUACCCUUCCCCCAGGCACUAGGACCUCAGGUGGCCACCUGCUCCCAGCUGAGGCUGCACCUGUGAGAAGGCCCAGCACCCUCUCCUCCCAGAGCAACAGGAAAGAUGGGUGACAUGGCCAACAGUUCCAUCGAGUUCCACCCCAAGCCCCAGCAGCAGCGGGAAGCCCCCCAUGCAGGCGGCUUUGGGUGCACACUGGCGGAGCUGCGCUCCCUCAUGGAGCUCCGAGGGGCCGAGGCGCUGCAGAAGGUCCAGGAAGCCUAUGGGGAUGUCAGCGGGCUCUGCAGGAGGCUGAAGACCUCACCCACAGAAGGCCUGGCCGACAAUGCCAAUGAUUUGGAGAAGCGCAGGCAGAUCUAUGGGCAGAACUUCAUCCCUCCCAAGCAGCCCAAGACCUUCCUGCAGCUGGUUUGGGAGGCCCUGCAGGAUGUAACCCUCAUCAUCCUGGAAGUGGCUGCCAUCGUCUCCCUGGGCCUCUCAUUCUAUGCGCCGCCUGGAGAGGAGAGCGAAGCGUGCGGGAAUGUGUCAGCUGGGGCAGAAGACGAAGGGGAGGCCGAGGCUGGCUGGAUCGAGGGGGCAGCCAUCCUGCUAUCUGUCAUCUGCGUGGUGCUGGUCACAGCCUUCAAUGACUGGAGCAAGGAGAAGCAGUUCCGAGGCCUGCAGAGCCGAAUUGAGCAGGAGCAGAAGUUCACAGUCAUACGGAAUGGACAGCUCCUCCAGGUCCCGGUGGCGGCGCUGGUAGUGGGGGACAUCGCCCAGGUCAAGUAUGGAGACCUGCUGCCUGCGGACGGCGUGCUCAUCCAGGGCAAUGACCUCAAGAUUGAUGAGAGCUCGCUGACAGGAGAGUCGGACCAUGUGCGCAAGUCUGCCGACAAAGACCCCAUGCUGCUCUCAGGCACUCAUGUCAUGGAAGGUUCUGGAAGAAUGGUGGUGACAGCCGUUGGUGUGAACUCCCAGACAGGCAUUAUCUUUACCUUGCUUGGAGCUGGUGGAGAGGAAGAGGAGAAGAAGGAUAAGAAAGGCAAGCAGCAGGAUGGGGCGAUGGAGAGUAGCCAGACCAAAGCUAAGAAGCAAGAUGGGGCAGUUGCCAUGGAAAUGCAGCCCCUGAAGAGUGCGGAGGGUGGGGAGAUGGAAGAGCGGGAGAAGAAGAAAGCCAGCGUGCCCAAGAAGGAGAAGUCAGUCCUGCAGGGCAAGCUGACCAAACUGGCUGUGCAGAUCGGGAAAGCAGGGCUGGUGAUGUCGGCCAUCACGGUCAUCAUCCUGGUCCUCUACUUUGUGAUUGAGACCUUUGUCGUCGAGGGCCGGGUGUGGCUGGCAGAGUGUACACCGGUCUACGUGCAGUACUUUGUGAAGUUCUUCAUCAUCGGUGUCACUGUGCUGGUUGUGGCUGUCCCGGAGGGCCUGCCUCUUGCUGUCACCAUCUCCUUAGCUUACUCUGUCAAGAAAAUGAUGAGGGACAACAACCUGGUCCGCCACCUGGACGCCUGUGAGACAAUGGGCAACGCCACAGCCAUCUGCUCAGACAAGACGGGCACGCUCACAACCAACCGUAUGACCGUGGUGCAGUCCUACCUCGGGGACACCCACUACAAAGAAAUUCCGGCCCCCAGUGCCCUAACCCCCAAGAUCCUUGACCUCGUGGUCCACGCCAUCUCCAUCAACAGUGCCUACACCACCAAAAUUCUACCUCCAGAGAAGGAAGGUGCUCUCCGGCGCCAAGUGGGCAAUAAGACGGAGUGCGCUCUGCUGGGCUUUGUCCUGGACCUGAAGCAGGACUUCCAGCCUGUGCGGGAGCAGAUUCCAGAAGAUAAGCUUUACAAAGUGUACACCUUCAACUCGGUUCGCAAGUCCAUGAGCACGGUUAUCCGCAUGCCUGACGGCGGCUUCCGCCUCUUCAGCAAGGGUGCCUCGGAGAUCCUGCUGAAAAAGUGCACCAACAUCUUAAACAGCAAUGGCGAACUGCGCAACUUCCGCCCUCGGGACCGGGAUGACAUGGUGAAGAAGAUCAUUGAGCCAAUGGCUUGUGAUGGCCUCCGCACCAUCUGCAUUGCCUACCGGGACUUCUCUGCCACCCAGGAGCCUGACUGGGACAACGAGAACGAAGUUGUGGGUGACCUCACCUGCAUAGCUGUCGUGGGCAUCGAGGAUCCUGUGCGGCCCGAGGUCCCUGAAGCUAUCCGAAAAUGCCAGCGUGCUGGCAUUACAGUCCGCAUGGUGACCGGGGACAACAUUAACACUGCCCGGGCCAUUGCGGCCAAGUGCGGCAUCAUCCAGCCUGGGGAGGACUUCCUCUGCCUAGAGGGGAAGGAGUUCAACCGGAGGAUCCGCAACGAGAAAGGCGAGAUAGAACAGGAGCGUCUGGACAAGGUAUGGCCCAAGCUGAGGGUUCUCGCCCGAUCGUCUCCCACGGACAAGCACACUCUGGUUAAAGGCAUCAUUGACAGCACUACUGGUGAGCAGCGACAGGUAGUGGCCGUGACCGGGGAUGGCACCAACGAUGGGCCAGCCCUCAAGAAGGCGGAUGUGGGCUUUGCCAUGGGCAUCGCCGGGACUGACGUAGCCAAGGAGGCCUCAGACAUCAUCCUGACCGAUGACAACUUCACCAGCAUCGUCAAAGCGGUCAUGUGGGGCCGCAAUGUCUACGACAGCAUCUCCAAGUUCCUGCAAUUCCAGCUGACGGUCAACGUGGUGGCCGUGAUCGUGGCCUUCACGGGCGCCUGCAUUACUCAGGAUUCUCCUCUCAAAGCCGUGCAGAUGUUGUGGGUGAACUUGAUCAUGGACACAUUUGCCUCUCUGGCCCUGGCGACAGAGCCGCCCACUGAGUCGCUGCUGCUGCGGAAGCCGUAUGGCCGGGACAAGCCCCUGAUCUCCCGAACCAUGAUGAAAAACAUCCUGGGCCACGCGGUCUACCAGCUCACCAUCAUCUUCACACUGCUGUUUGUGGGGGAGCUCUUCUUUGACAUCGACAGCGGGAGGAACGCGCCCCUGCACGCCCCGCCCUCGGAGCACUACACCAUCAUCUUCAACACCUUCGUCAUGAUGCAGCUGUUCAACGAGAUCAACGCCCGCAAGAUCCACGGCGAGCGCAACGUCUUCCACGGCAUCUUUGGCAACCCCAUCUUCUGCACCAUCGUCCUGGGCACCUUUGCCAUCCAGAUUGUCAUCGUCCAGUUUGGCGGAAAGCCCUUCAGCUGCUCCCCCCUGUCCACGGAGCAGUGGCUCUGGUGCCUGUUUGUUGGCGUUGGGGAGCUGGUCUGGGGACAGGUCAUCGCCACCAUCCCCACCAGCCAGCUCAAGUGCCUGAAGGAAGCAGGGCAUGGGCCGGGGAAGGAUGAGAUGACCGAGGAGGAGCUGGCCGAGGGGGAGGAAGAGAUUGACCACGCUGAGCGGGAGCUCCGCAGAGGCCAGAUCCUCUGGUUCCGGGGCCUCAACCGGAUCCAGACACAGAUGGAGGUAGUGAGUACCUUCAAGAGAAGCGGUUCAUUUCAGGGUGCCAUGCGCCGGCGGUCUUCGGUCCUCAGCCAGCUCCAUGACAUCCGGGUAGUGAAAGCAUUCCGUAGCUCACUCUAUGAAGGCCUGGAGAAACCGGAAUCCAAGACCUCCAUCCAUAACUUCAUGGCAACGCCCGACUUUCUGAUCAAUGACUACACCCACAACAUCCCGCUCAUAGAUGACACAGACGUGGAGGAGAACGAGGAGCGCCUGCGGGCUCCCCCACCCCCAGCCCCCAACCAGAACAACAAUGCCAUAGACAGCGGCGUCUACCUGACCACGCACGGCACCAAGUCAGCUACCUCGUCAGUGUUUUCUUCCAGACCUGGGAGUCCAAUCCACAGCAUGGAGACGUCCCUCUAAGCAGAACUGCUCUUGGCACACGCACCCCUGCACACACGCGCACAGGACAGCAAGGAGGGCACGGCCAAGGCGCUUGAAGACAUUGCUCGCAGGGCACUUGCAAGAAGCCAAUCCAUUCAAGGCUUCUUACCUGGGACCGAGGAGAUGGAGGAGAAGGAGGAGGAGGGAGGAAAAACUAGAGAGCAAGAAGAGCUGUGUUCCCCCCUUUUUUUCUAUCGACGCUUUUUUUUAACGAACACUACAAUGCUACCAGACAUUUGUCAUUUGGGCUGCGCUGUGGGGCAGGGGGCUGGUUUCGGUUUAUUGGGAGCUUGGUCGCACCCCCGGAAGAGUAAUUGGAUCCACAGAUUCAUACAAAAAGAAAAUAAGCAAGCACCGCUUUGCAGGGCUGGGAAGCAUGCCCCCUGCCCGGACAGCCCACCCGCGGGAGCCACCUGCAAAUGUACCCACACCGCCAAGCACCCCAUCCCCAGGACACGUGCAGUCUCUGUGUGUGUGCGUGCGUGCGUGCGUAUAGACAUAUACGUACAUAUAUGACCAGAUGCAUAUUUAAAGAAUAAGGAACUAUUUAUCGGCAUGAUAUUUCCAUUCCUCUUAUCAGGUGUUUUCAUUUUGAAAUUUUAUUAUUUAUUGUGGCAGGUUUUUGGUUUUUUUUCAGGGAACAAGACUACAAGAAUAUCUUUUUGGUUGCUUGCCCUCUCCACACCCAAGCCCACCCCCGCUGCUCCUUUCCCCUUCCCUCUGUCCUCCGUCCUCCUGGCACAGGUCCUGGCAAUGUCACCAUUGAGAUUCCCAAGUAGAAGGUCGGGAGUGGAGGGCAAGGUCGAAGUGGAAGCAAUUACAAUCGAAACAUUUGCACUUUGAGAGCCCUGCCUAUAGAGGAAAAAAAUCCCUUUCGAUGGAAUUUCUUAUUUAAAAGGAAAAUACCAAAGUACUGAUGAGAAUGAGCCCCUCCAGUAGGUAGAAGCGAGAGUUUUGCUUUCAGUUUCCUUUAGUUUCGAAGUCAAUUCCGAAUGCUGAAUUCUGGCUGGUGGGCUUUCUUUGCUCAUGCCCCAACUUCAAGAGCAUGAAGCUCCGCCCCCUGCCAUCUCUGACCCCAGGGGAGGAUCCAGAAUGGAGGGGUGGAGGGACAAGAGUCAGACAGAAAGCAGUAGAGGAAGAGGUACCGUCAAAACCCAAGAGGAGCUGAUGCGGCCGCAGUACAGACCCCAGCCCCCUGUGCGCCUCCAGCUGGCCUCCCCCUCUUUGCCGAGAAGUUGUUGCUGAGAUACCCAUAAAGUAACUGGGAAAAAUUCUCAGUCACCACCCGCCAAAGCACUCUUCCCACCCCAGUCUUCUCGUUCAAGGACAACUAUGACCUGCAACAGCAUGGAUUUGUGUCUGCAGCCACCUACGGCACCAUCAGGGAAAACAGAUGCUGAGGCAAAACCCCUGGGAGCAAUGCUCACGGCUGUUGCUCUAAUCGCUCCUGUGGCUCUUUCUCAUGAGUCUGGAAAGCUGAGGAGGUCAGCUGCACCACAUCGGGUGAACACCUGGUCUGCAGGUGGGGAGAGCUGGGCCUGGGCUCCCCAGAUGGUUCCCUCGGGAGCCUCUCCUUGCAGUGUGGGCACCCAGUGUGCCAAGCCUCAGUUUCCCUUGAAUGCACCCUCGCCAGGGAGGAAAAUGCAGAAAAAGCCGGGGUUCUUUUACCAUCUGAAUUCAUCUGUCUCAUGUUUUGCAGGGAGGCGGUUGGGGUCCAACUACGCCUCGUCCAUGUGCCUGUCUCCGGGGCUGAGCCACUGGGCGGGGGCGGCUGGGAGCCGAGGGACAAAGGGUCAGCAUGGAAAUUGCAUAUGCAAAUGGGCACGCUCAGCAAUUGAGCAGCAGCUGGACUGAAAGCAAGGCUGAUCUGCCCAUCACGCACUUGUCUUACCUCCACCUGCAUCUGUGAGCAUCCACGCUGGCAGCCAAAACAUGCUCCACGCUUAACGUGAGUGCCACGUCACCCCUGAGCAGGAGUAGUCAAAUCUCGGGCAAAGGAAUUUCGGUUAGAAAAGGAAAUCCCACUCAAAAUGCCAGCUACAGAUAACUUAAAGCCAUCCCUUUUUUCCAAAGGGCACAUUGAGAAUGUUAUCCAUUUGUAAAUUGUUCCCUAUGUCCUUGUUUCAAUAGCCACAACAAAAAGGGCAACUCAAUUUGUUGAGGGUCUGUCUGUUCCUAAACAAGAAAUAAAAUUGGAAAUGUUUAAAUUGAAGAAGAUAAGCUGCAUAGCGCUACACUCACGGGCUUCUUUUCAUUCUCUGUUGUAGACACAUUGAUAGAACAAAUGGUCCAUAUAUAUUAAAAAAAAACAAAAAGAAAACCCUCGCUGCUGCUGUACAAAGUUGCCUACUGUACAUGUCGAUUGUUUAGUCUCUAGGUUGCCUUUCCGCAAGGUGUGGGGUUCAGAAAAGGGGUGCCGUGACCUCGGAUCGUUGCUCUGGUUUCUGUAGUCUUCAGGCCGAGGGACCUGUCUCACCAGGGAGCCCCUCUCUAUAAAGCAUUAUAUUAUAUGGAAUGGCUUGGUCAACUGUGUUCAGUCUUUAAAUAUGUCUUACAUUUUUAUCUGCCUGUUAUAAAGAUGAACAAAAAUAUCUUAAUGAGGAAGACCACAGAUGCAUAAUAAUUUAAAGUCUGUAGUUAAAUUUCCUAAUUUAAAGAAUAGGCCAAAAUUUCUGUGUAUAAAAAAAAAAAUGAAAGGCUCCUACA